AUGAAAGGUGUAAUCCGAUUUGGAAAGAAAGGAAAGCUAGCGCCGAGAUAUGCAGGACCAUAUGAGAUUAUUGAGCGAAUAAGAAUGGUAGCUUAUAAGUUAGCAUUACCGUCUGAGAUGUCGCAAGUACAUCCAGUGUUUCACGUGUCGAUGCUUAGGAAGUAUAUUCCUGACCCUCAUAGAAUAAUUCAACCUCAGGAGGUUGAGAUAGACGAGGAGUUAUCUUAUGAGGAAGAACCCGUAGAAAUUGUGGAUACCCAGAUUAGGAAACUUCGUAGUAAGGAGAUACCUAUGGUAAAAGUGCUCUGGAGGAGCCGUACAAUUGAGGAAUGUACGUGGGAAACAGAGGCGGAUAUGCGGAAACGAUAUCCCCACUUGUUUGCUCAAGGUAAUAAUUUGUUUUGA